AUGAAGCUAAGUGAAAUGGGGAGUCAGGGGCGGACGGUUUCCCAGAGCCCCGUCCCGGAUCGUCAGGUGGAGAUGCUGAAAGAUGCAUUCUGGGAUUACGUUUCCAAGGCAACCACAGCAGCCGAUGAGUCCCUGAAACAGAUCCAACAGUCCGAGCUCGGCAAAGAAGUCAAUACGUUCAUCUCGCAGAGCUCUGAGGCUGUGACCAGGUUCAGUGAUGCUCUCCGGACACAGGUGGCGCCGCUCACACAGGACCUGCUGCAGAAGUUCAACAAAGAAGCUCGACAGAUGCGCAAACGCCUGGAGAAGGACCUGACCACCUUCACCAAGAAAAUCGAACCCUACACACAGGAACUGGUGACAGAACUGCAGAAACAGAUUGAGGAUCUUCAGAGAGAGGCCGCUACUUUCGCCGAGACCAUGGACCCCGAGACCCUGAAGUCCACCCUGAUCCAGAAGACCGAGUCCAUGAGCCGGGACCUGCAGUCUCAGAUGGGACCCUACACGGACGACAUGAGGCAGCAGAUGGAGAAGAGCCUGGGUGACUUCCAGACCAGCCUCAUGGCCAUGUCCCAAAGCUUCGAAGCGCAGAUGAAUGAGAAGAUGGAUAGUCUUGCCCCCUACGGAGAGGAAAUCAGGAGCAAAUUGGAGCUGGAGGCAGAAAACAUGAGGGAGCAACUGGAAGCACUGUGGAAAUCCUUCACUAAAAUGAUCAAAGCCAAGAGAGAGCACUGGACUGUGUGUCUCUGUCACUCAACCACUCUCAGAUCUCUCACAGGCGCCAUCAUGAAGCUGUUUGCAGUGAUCCUCACCUUAGCCCUCACAUCGGGCUCCUGGGCCCGGAGCGUCCCACAGCUGGAAUCAUGGGAGGAGGCCGUGGACCAGUUUAAGGACUAUUUCACCGAACUGAACUCAAAGGCUGAUGAGAUGGUCCAGGACUUCAGGAAGACCCAGAUCAGCCGAGAACUGGACACCCUGAUCCAGGACAGUAUGUCAGAACUGGCCACCUACAAACAGGACAUGGAGACCAAACUGGCCCCAUUCGCUGAGGAAGCAGCCAAAAACCUGGGCAAGGACCUGGACCACAUGAUGUCUAGACUCCAGGACCACAUGAAGGACGCCCGCGAGCAGGUGGAGAAAUACACAGAGGAGCUCCAGACAAUGAUGGAGCAGAACGCAGAGGACGUAAGAUCCAGACUGGCCUCCUACACGAGGAAGAUGAAGAAACGACUCAACAAAGACACACAGGAGAUCAAGAGACAUGUUGAGAACUAUCUCUCAGAGCUGCAGCUAAAAGCCUCUGACAACAUGAACGAGAUGAGAGAACGCAUUGACCCGUACUUCGCGCAAGUCCGAGACAACGCCCAGAAUAAAAUCUCCACCAUCAACGAGCUCUUCCAGACCCAGGUCCACACUGUGGGCGAGGCCAUCCAGUCCAGAGUGGAGGAAAUGAAAGAAAACUUGGGAAAAACCGGCACUGAUCUGCGCUCGGUGCUGGAGGAGAAGAUGGAGGAACUGCGCCAGUGGUUUGGCCUGUAAUUAAUCUGGACCUCCAGAUACAUCACAUACAUCAAAAACAGCUGCUCAAAGACAGGCUUUUGUAAA